AGGAGGACAGGGGCCAUGCUGCACAUCACACAGCUUUCUCCCGCACACAGAGGAGCCGUGCGGCUCCACUGAACGCCACUAUGGCAAAACUGGGCCCUGGGGCCACUUUAGUAUCGACGCUCUCAUGUAGCCGACGACGCACCCUUGGGUGUCCAAACGCAGAGGGACGGCGGCGCUGGUUUCCACUUGUACACACAAAUAUGAAGCGCAAUGACGGCAAAAGGUCCAACAUCUGAGGGUCCCUCUGCGCUGCGAAAACAUGGAACAUUUUUUCAGAAGGAAGCGGGUCGGUCUGCUGAAAACCCUGCUGAGUUUGUGUCUCGUCUUUGCGUCUUUUGUCAUGAUCCAUAAACUGAAAGUGGCAGAUAAGGACGACGUGGGAGUUAAACAUGUGAGGGAUACCAGCUGGUGUGGGUCAGACUGUUUUUCAUUCAAGAAGGGAGUCGUGAAAAGUAGUUUGGGGAGCUCGUCCUCUCCGGUGCUUGGCGACGAAUCGGAUGCGCAACGGGCGCGCGUCUCCAACGGGACUCCGGCUACAUGGGACGCGCAGGUUCUCAACUGCAGCGAAGACUCGACGGUGAGGACCAAGGACUGGUUCCGGCGUUUGGACUCCAGAUUUCACCAGUUUGUGUUGCACAGACACUGCAGGUAUUUCCCGAUGCUCAUCAACCACCCGGAGAAAUGCAGGGACGGCGAGGCGCACCUCCUCAUGGUGGUCAAGUCCGUCAUAGAACAGCACGACCGGCGGGAGGCGGUGCGCAAAACCUGGGGCAGGGAGCACACCGUGGACGGGAAGAAAAUCAAAACUUUAUUUCUGCUUGGAAGCCCGACGAAUGGCAAAGACACCAAGAACCUCCAGAAGCUGAUCGAGUACGAGGACAUGAUCUACGGGGACAUCCUGCAGUGGGACUUCAUGGACACUUUCUUCAACCUGACUUUGAAGGAGGUCAACUUUCUCAAAUGGUUCGACAUCUACUGCGCCGGCGUGCAGUUCAUAUUCAAGGGGGAUGAUGAUGUGUUUGUGAAUACCAACAACCUCCUGGAUCUCAUUGGGUUCAAGGUAGAGGAGCGCAAAGUAGCCGACUUGUUUGUGGGCGACACCAUCUCCAAGGCGAUCCCCAUCAGAAACCGCCAGAGCAAAUACUACAUUCCCAAAGAGUUGUAUGAUAAGCCAUAUCCGCCGUAUGUCGGGGGCGGGGGGUUUCUCAUGUCCUCCCAGCUGGCCAGGAGGCUGUUCGUGGUCUCGGAGGACUUGGAGUUGUACCCCAUCGACGAUGUGUUUUUGGGGAUGUGCCUGCAGAGGCUCCACCUGGCCCCGGAGAUGCACCCGGGCUUCAGGACCUUCGGCAUCACCAGGCGCAGGGUGAGCCCCAUGAACAGUGAGCCAUGCUUUUAUAAAAACCUCAUCGUGGUGCACAAGCUGAGCGCACAGGAGCUGCUCAGGAUGUGGAGUGUGGUGCAAAACGAGGACCUAGUGUGCGCAAAAAGGACCUCACUGUGAUGAUCAUGUGCAAAACUAAAGAUAAAUCACCAGAAACUCUUGGCAACAUGUUCAGUGAUGUGAUGGGAAAUGGGCUGACCUGAGCUGGCCUUCAUCAUCAGGCAAUAGAAAUAACAAUAAUAGUAUAUUAAAGGACCAUACCAGUGAUUCUGCAUGUUUAGCAUUGUACCUACAAAAUGUAACUUUUCUAGGCUAAUCUUUUCCCAAAGCAAGCAGUCAUAUUUUAGAACUCUGAUAUCAUUUUCCUCCUUUUUAUCCAGCCAUUGGUUUCCAUUCAUUCCACUAUGAUGAAAAUGAACUUUCAGAGACUUCAAACUUUCUUUACACCGGUGUUCCAUCAUUGUAAUAAAGUUGUCCACAUUAAUUUUCCUAAAAGCAGCAGCACUGACUUGAAAUUUGGCUCCAUCCAUCAGGGAAAACAGUCCCUGGGGAAACUUUUGCUUUCCACAGCCAAUUCUCAGUUCUGUGGUUUAUGAAUGGUGACAACUUUGUUAGUUGCAGAAGCAGUACAUUAUAAGGCGGCUUUUUUUUUUUAACUAAAAAUUCAAAUUUGAAUAGCAAGGGAUUGUGAUUAUAUGUGGUGAAAUCUUGAGGACCCCUGCAAGAUUUACAAAAUAGUUUGUUGCAGUGAAAAAUACAGAGAAAUUGCCGGAAAUGGGACAAACAUUCAAAAUCACUGAAAUGGUCCUUGAAAGUGUGUUUUCAUACACUAUUUUCUCCAAAAUGUAAGGUGGGUCAUUAAGUUUAGGAGUGCCCACUCCACCCCUGGUGCUACUGAAAGCCAAAAGGUGUUUUUCCUACACUCAAGGGUAAUGUAUUGCCACAGAACGUUCCUAUUUCAUGAAAUCACAAGUAUACAGCUCCAUGGAGAGGGGUAAUGUCAGAAAAAAAGUGACUAGCUAGCACCAAGGGAAGGUUUCUGUGGCUCGGUCUUAAAAAUGUUGGUAAUUAUUAUUUAGUCAUUGCUAAAAACUCGAAAGAAACAUGAUUCUGUGUUGCCCCUCUGCCCGACUGUUCAUCCUGAUGACAUUUCAGGAGAAGAGAAGAGCCUUAGUUCUCUAGUUUCCUAAUCAAGUUCAAGUUCAAGUAGUUUUUAUUGUUAUUAUAUUGAAGGUCAGUCAACUUUAUGACGGAAUUCCAUUAACACUCCCUGAGAAAUAAAAUCAUAUAAGAACAUGUAAGACAUCUGGGAGAUAGUUGCUCAUUACAAAAGCUGAUUAAACUUCUACACAGAAACAGACAGCAUGUUUUUCAGAUGGAUGUCCAAGAGCUAACAGGUAAAAAAGGCUUUAUGUCCCUGUGGUCUAGACAGAUCAGCAAUGAUGCCAUUCUAAACAGCCUAGUCAUUUCAUGGUUGUCAAUGAGAAAAGGACAAGUUUUCCCUAGUGCCUCGAUGCAAGAUCACUGGCAAUACUGGAGUUCUAACAUCCCAGUGGUCCCCUUUCACAGUUGAUUUUCAGCACAGUUGAUUUUUUGGAUUUCAUUUCAGAACCUCUGCAUGACUGUCAAAAGGAGCUGCAGCAGGAACUCACUGCACAUACCUGUGAAGUUACAUUGCAUAGAAGAAAACAGAUUAAUUCUUAUUUAGAUGGUGUUUUUGUAGGGGGUUGAAACAGUAAAAAAUGUUAUGUGGUGGCUUUUUUUUUUUUUUUUUUUUGGUUGUUGUUUUUUAAUUUAAUAUAUUUUUUUAGUUUUAAUUGUUUGUAUACAAUGUGAUUUGCAGAGGCAGGUCAAAAACCAAAGAAGCUAAAGAGCUAAAUAUUGUAGAUGUAUGUAUGAUAGUGUAAAUAAAACAGGACCUCUCUGUCAACUUUGUAAAUAAUGAAUACUGCACCAUUUGGCAAGGAAAGGCAGUUUCAGUUUGUUACGCAUAAUAAUGUGCUUCCGCUUCAUAUCAGUGUGUGACUAGCGAUAAAAUUAAUAGAGCAGCACAUAUUCACCAGGAAUUCAGAGAAUCAGAUUACAGAAAAUAUGUGUCAAGUUCUGCAAUACAAUAAAAGAGGCUAUUUUGUUCAGCAGAUUUUCAAUAAAUGUGUCUUUAUAUGGUAUUUGACUUGACCUCAUUGCUGAGUAGAGGGCUGAUGGGGGUGCUGACAUGUGAGAACCUCAACAGUUAUUGCUACUGGUAUGAACUGUAACAGGAACCCUCUUUGUUACACAAAAACACAAACACAGCAACACCUGCAAUACACAGC